AUGAAAGCCCUGGACCUGAUCCUGCUGGCAUGUUGCUUAUACAGCCAGUGUGCAGUGGGAGGUGCUGCAGAGGCAGAGCAGGCUCUGAUGAAGGCGCUCUUCACCAACUACAACCUCAAAGUUCGCCCGGCGGCCAAGCCUGAAGAAAGGGUGGUGGUCCGUGUGGGUAUGAUCCUGUCCUCCUUUGUUGGACUGAAUAUGAAAAAUGAAGAAAUGAGCACGGUCGUUGUGAUGAAUCUGGAGUGGACGGACCAUCGGUUGUCAUGGAAACCCAAGGAGCACGAUGGGAUUAAGGUGUUGCGUAUACCCUCUGGGAAGGUUUGGCUGCCAGACAUUGUCCUCAUCAAUAAUAAUGAUGGAGUGUUUCACGUGGCCCUCCAUGUUCAUGUCCAGGCCUACAGCGAUGGCAGAGUGACCUGGACCCCUCCUGCCCUCUACUGCAGCUCCUGUGGGGUCAAGGUGACCUACUUCCCGUUCGACUGGCAGAACUGCACCAUGCAGUUCCGCUCCUACACCUACGACUCCACUGAGAUCGACCUGCAGUACGCGUUGGACUCCAGAGGCAACGAGAUUCGGGAGAUCCAACUGGACGAAGCCUUCAGUGAGAGCGGAGAAUGGUACAUCAGACACAAGCCGAGCAGAAAGAACAUGAACGACGACCUGUAUGAGGACAUGACCUUCUACCUGAUCAUAGAGAGGAAGCCUCUGUACUACGUCUUCAACAUCAUCAUCCCCUGCAUCCUCAUCACCAUCAUCGCCAUCUUUAACUUCUACCUGCCUCCGGACGCAGGAGAGAAGAUGGGUCUCUCCAUCAAUGUGCUGCUCACCCUCACUGUGUUCCUCCUCCUGCUGGCUGACAAAGUACCUGAGACCUCGCUGGGCGUCCCCAUCAUCGUCAACUACCUCAUGUUCACCAUGAUUCUGGUCACCUUCUCUGUCAUCCUCAGCGUGGUGGUCCUCAACCUGCACCAUCGCUCCCCAAACACCCACCUGAUGCCUAUGUGGGUUCGCAAGAUCUUCAUCCACAUGCUGCCUCCCUACCUGGGCAUGCUGCGGCCCAAAGUGGAGACCCCCCUGUCCCUGGAGACUGUGCCCCGCCGGGAGAGAAACAUAGUCACUAUCAGCCGAGCUGCCGAUGAGUACUUCAUCCGCAAACCCAACACCUCCAUCCUCUUCCCCAAACCCAACAGGUUCCAGCCGGAGGGAAUGUGUACAGACCUGAGAAAGUUCAUUGAUGGUCCCAGUAGCUACCUGUCCCUUCCCAACGAGCUAAAGUCAGCCAUUGAGGCCAUCACAUACAUUGCUGAGGCUCUGCAGGCUGAGAAGGACUAUGAAGCUCUGAAGGAGGACUGGCAGUAUGUGGCCAUGGUGGUGGACCGCAUGUUCCUCUGGAUCUUUGUCAUCUUCACCACUGUUGGCACCUUGGCCAUCUUCGCCGAUGCCAGCUUCAACCACACGCCCACCGACCCCUUCAAGUCCCCCUGAUCUGGUGGGACAGUCAGCCCCACCUGUUCCCCCUACCCGUGCAUCACCGGAAGAAGUAGAGAAGAAGAAUGCACCGUGCCAAACUGCCAAAUGAUCUUCCUUGUAUC